AUGGCUCUUAUAAACGACGGAAGCACCUUUUCAUUGCGUAUCGGUAGAUGGAUUUUCGAUGUCUUCCUUAAUUUUAGAGGUGAGGAUACCCGUCACAAUAUUUUGCGUCUUCUAUAUGCUGCUUUGGUUCAUAAAGGAAUCUCCACGUUUAAGGAUGAUAAAGUACUCGAAAGAGGAAAACCCAUUCCUUCAGAACUCUAUAAUGCAAUUGAAGGAUCAAGGUUUUCAGUUGUUAUUUUUUCAAAAAAUUAUGCAUCCUCUAGCUGGUGCUUGGAUGAACUUACAAAGAUUGUCGAAUGCCGCCAGAAAAUGAAGGGACAUACAAUUUUUCCAGUUUUCUUUGAUGUUGAACCAACUGAGGUACGGAAGCAGGAAGGGAGUUUUAGAGAAGCAUUUACGAAUCAUGAAGAAGCUUUUAAGGAGAAGGUGAAAAUAUGGAGGGAUGCUUUAAAAGAAGUCGCCAAUAUCAGUGGUUGGGUUAUACCCAAGGGGUAA